CCACCACACCACCAUCGCCAACGAACCUCGCCGUCGCCGUCGCCGCCACCUCACUGCCAACCGCCGCUGCUGCGCUGCUGCGCGGGACACUCGCUGACCGAACUGCAGGCCUAGCUACCUUCAUUCGCCACCCAUUGUCCAUCAGUCUCAACCGGCAUCUGCAGACGCACCCGUUGCGCGACACAUUGCUAGCCACCCCACCAUCCACUCUAGCUUCUUAUGUGGCUGCCAUCUCACUCUCGUCUAUACCGCCCUUGCUCCUGGACAUAAUCACCGCGACAUUCUGAGCCACCGCCAGCGUCGCUGACCACUGAGGCUGCCCCACCAUGUCUUUUUUCGGCUUCGAUGCCACCCUUCCGAGAGACCGGGGGCACUCGUCCCAGGCACCGGGCUUCGGCCAGGCCCAGGAUGCCUUUGCGGGUCUCUCUGGCAGAGGUGCGGCAGACGACGAUGAUGCCAUCGAUUUUGAAGAGACGUACGACGGACUAGGCGACCAGCUCGACGAGACCGACGAUACUUUCAACGAUGACACUUUUGGAAACGAUAAGGCUGUCGGCAAGGACUUCGACUUCGCUGGCCAGACCUCGCGCGUCGCCGAUGCCAUCGAGGGAGAGGGCCUGCUCUGGCAGGCAAAACAGCCUCCUCCAAACAUCCAUGCUACGAGGCACACGACCCAGCCGGCCAAACCUGCUAAGAGUGGCUACGAGCCAUAUGCCCAGCCAACCUACAUUCCCGACCUGGAGGCCAAUGCGAGCAUCUGGGGCAUCAACCCCAAAAGGCAAGCCCAGAAUCAACAAGCACACCAGCGCCAGGAAACCAAUGCUGCUGCUGCGCCUGCUGCUCCGGCGAGGAAGAUGAUGAGCCUCGAGGAGGUAGAGGCAAUGAUGCUUGCCCAGAACAAGAAGCCCACGCCUCAGUCUAUGCCUCAAGCCCAACCUCCACCGCCAGCGGCUGCCCCUCAACCACAGGCGCAAUAUCCUUCACAUUAUGGACAGAUGCCUAGUCAACAAGGUGGGUUCUCUGGCCCGCCGCAAAUAUUGCAGCGUCCCCAGCAGCCGCCUCCUUCGCGCCCCCCACCUAAAGCGCACGCUGAAUUGCCUGGUCAUGCCAUUCCACCACCUGGCCAACAGCAGCCGACGAUUCUGCAACGGAACAGGCAGUCCGUACCCGAUCAGCCUGCACGGCACACGCCUGUGCAGCAGGCUCAGCGCCCCCCUUCUCAGCCGAGACAAAUCUUGCAAAAUCCGAAUAGGCUCUCUGGCCACGGUCAGCCAAUUACUCAACCAGGCCAACAGAAACAAGGCGAGUUUCAACGAGGACCACAGCUAGGGCCUAGCCAUGCUCGAGGUCCCUCUUUUCCCGGUGUCGUGACUCACCCGGAGCAGCUCCUGCACCUCACCGAAGAAGAACGAGCUGCGUAUCUGAUCGAAGAUGCCAAGCGUGCUAAGAGAAACCACAAAAUCCAUCUCUUGUCCAAGGAUAAUGGGUUGAUGACUCCGCAGGACAAGAAUUUCAUCACUCGGAUCCAAUUGCAGCAGCUAAUGGCUGCGACGGGUGGGCUUGAAGAGCAUGGGCCAGAAGCGGCGCUGACAGAAGACUUCUAUUAUCAGGUGUAUUGCCAGAUCCGAGGAGCACCACGGCAGAACCCGCAUCAGCCCGCUAGCCAGUUCGCUCAAACAUAUCUAUUUCAAACCGGUGGUAGGUAUGGCAUGGGCCGUAGACACCACCGAGGCGGAGAUAACCAUAUGCAGCGGAUGGAGCAGCAGGUACAGAGAGCUGUGGAAGCUGCAAAGGCCAAGCCAAAAAACAAGCAACUUGUAAUUGAAGGAAGUCUGGGAAAGAUCUCCUUCAGCAAUUCAAAGACACCCAAGCCACUCCUGAACAUCAAGCGCCCCGAUCAUGGAGACGGCGCUCAAGGGUCGGGCCGAAGACCUAGCGGAGUAAAUGCGCAUGGCUCAACCAUUAUUGAUCGCAAGACGACUCUGCGAAACAUUGAGAACGUUUACGACUGUCUGAUGAAACUGGAGGACCAUGAGCGGCGGAUGCCUCCACCUUUAGCCGAGAAUAGUGAUCCGCAAACUAUCCAGGCACACAUGGAAUGGCAAACUGGGACCCAAAGGCUGCAUGAAACACUAUGGCAAGAUCUAAAAAUCAUGGAGCCCAUCAACCCGAAUUCGCUUACGCCUCAUCCGUUUAUUGCGAUACUCUCGCAUGCAAAGGGCAAGAAGGCUAUUCCACGAAUCUUCCGCCAAAUCGACGAGCAACAGCGCAUCAUUAUGCUCACCAUGAUCGUCGUCCACCUUGAUAUGCUCUCAGUCGUCGCAAAGGCUGUUCCGUCUCCGGAUGAGCCGAAUCUAUCUCCAGCGAUCCGCGAAGAAGUGGAACUCUUUUCGCAUGCAGUGAUGCCGCCGCUCUUUGCCCAUAUCGCCGAGUCGCCUUUGAACAUCGUCAUUGGGCUUUUAGGCCUUAUCCUGGAUCGCACGAAUCUGCACCUUGUCACUCGCACCAAGAUCGGCAUGUCACUACUCACCAUGCUCAUCUCGCGAGCUGAGCUUGUGAAACAAUCAACGCCAGAAAUGAAUCCCGGUGACUGGGAGCAGUGGAUGCAGCUGUACAAUCGACUCUUCGACGCUGUGGAGCCCGUCCUUCCGUCGAUCUUCCCAGGGUCAGUCAAUGACACAGAGGAUGUGUAUGUUUGGCAGUUCCUCGCGGCUAUGGGUGUAGGUGCUAGUCCCGAGCAGCAGCAGAGACUAGUCCUUGGCGUCAAGGAUCGGGUGAUGGAUACUGUGGCAGUAAGCAAGGCGCUUCCGGCUGAGCUGGCUAGUGUGAGAUUAGGCCACGUGAAUCUUUUCAUGCGGGCAAUUGGGUUGGAUGUGGAGCUGCUUGGUUGAUCAAAGCUUGCGGACGAAGCUACGAGUUCUUCUUUCUUCAUAUGCUUAACGCUCACUUUGGCAAGACUCUUCAUUGGGUCAUCGAGAGAACAUACGCGGAGGCUUGUCGGGAUCGGUACGCAUAUAUUCAGCGUUUCGGCUUGGAUAAAGCCUAAAAAGCAAGGAUGUGAAGCGCCAUCAGGAUUGGCAUUAUAGCAAAGCGAGCCUCAAUAGUCUUCGACCCAUUUGGUAAAUAAAGGCAUCUCCAAACGAGAGCUUUGAUGAAGCACAGGAAAAGGUCUCACUUGAUAAAAUCUUAUAAUCAGUAAAAAUCC